AUAACACAAAUCAACGUAACUCUCCGUUAAUGUUGUCUUAUACCUACGCGCUGCGAAUAUUUGGCCCUGUAAUCGGUUAUGGGUUUUCGUACAUUAUAUUAAAGCGAUUUUAUAUUGCUCCCACGCUAACACCAUUAAUUUCAAAAGACGAUCAACGCUGGAUGGGUGCUUGGUGGGUUGGUUGGCUAUUGAUUGGUGUAUUGAUGUUUAUUUUCUCUGGCGUAAUUGGUUUAUUUCCAAAAAGUCUGAAGAAAGCAAAAACGGUGGAAAAACAUGAAAUGGACGAAGAAGUAUGUAACAAGAAAUCAGAGUCAGAAGAAAAAAACGAACCGACCGAAAAUGGCGAGUUGAAAGAUUUCCCAAAAGCGAUAUGGCGACUAUUAACCAAUAAAUUGCUGAUGUUGAACUGUUUUUCUAUUUCCUUUGCAAUGCUUAAACUUUCUGGUACCAUGACAUUCAUGGGCCGAAUAAUGGAAGUUCAAUUCAAUAAAACGUCAGCUGGUGGAAGUGCGUUCACGGGACCAAUCAACAUGAUUGGAAUGGCCAGUGGCUUAUUGCUUUGCGGUUAUGUUAUUAAAAAAUAUCAACCAGCACCAAAGUACUUAUUCGGUUGGAAAUGCUUUGUUGGUUUUAUUGCAGUGCUUUGUACAUUAUCAUAUACGCAACUGGGAUGUGACAACAGUCAAUCAUUGACAAUCAAUCAAUCGAUGGUUUCAUGUAAUGCAAACUGUGCUUGUGAAGGAAUUUCAUACACGCCCAUGUGUGAUCAUUCAACAAGUACAACCUAUUUUUCACCAUGUCAUGCUGGAUGCAUAACAUUUGAUAAAAAGCAAAACAUCUAUACAAAUUGCUCUUGUACCGAGGGUCCAUCAAAUGAAUUUCAAGUGGAGCACCGGGUUUCGUCUGGUGCAUGCGUUGGAGAUUGCAAUUUUGACUACUAUGCAUACACAUUCAUUUCAAUGGCCAGUGGAUUCCUUAUGAUCAGCAGUAUGAUGUCAGCCACUUUGAUUAAUUUGCGAUCUGUUGAGCCGAGAGAUAAGGCAUUUGGUCAAGGCUUUGUAUUAUUCUCAGUUAGUUUAUUUGGUUUGAUACCGGGACCCAUCAUUUUUGGCCAUAUCGUAGAUAGCACUUGUUUGAUUUGGAAUCAUAAGUGUGGACGACAAGGAAAUUGCUUGUUGUAUGAUUCAGCUAAAUUUCGAUACUAUCUUCAUUCCACUGCGGCAUUAUUUUAUGCAAUAUGCGUUUGUUUUGAUUUCUUGAUUUGGUACUACGGUAGAGGUUUGGAUUUAUAUGGCAUUACAGUGGAUGAUAAAGAAAAUGAGGCGAACGAGAAUGAAUUGGCCGAAAUCGAGCCACUUAACACAAAUAAGUAA